AUGCCUUUUGAGCAGGACGCAGCCCUGACACAGUCCGCGGGAGAAGGCGUCUCAUGUCCGAAGAACGGCGUGAAGCCGACUGAGCGCGUGGAAGGGAAACGAGGCAGCAACACCGGCGGCGCGGGUGUCUCCUCUCCCAAGGCAGGAGAUAUGUCGGGCGCGGAAGGCGACGCGCAGCGGGUCGCGGGCUCCUCCCCCGAAGGCGCCGCGGCUGAGGCGACAGAGCGGCAGGAGAAGGCUGACGUGCGCACGACGUCACCGACAGCGGGCACACCUGCGCCCAAGCAGCAGGGAAGUGGCAAGGCGGCAGCGCAGCAGCGAUCAAAGCAGCGAGAUGAGAGCGAGGACCAUGCUUCUCCGAAGCAGAGCGCGGCGGCGACGCCCGAGAAGUGCGAGGACCCGGCCAAAACCAGCGAAGGAAGCCAAGAUACGGCGGCGCAGGGCGGGAGCUCCCCAGCGGCGGCCGCGAUCGGAGAGAAAGCCAAGAAGAAGAAGCGAGGCCACGGCGGGCGCGCAGCCGCGCUCACGGUGGAGGCUGGCGGAGACUCGCCUUCGUCCCUCUCGGGGAGUAACGCGCCUGGCAGCGGAGGCAAGAACGCGAGCCCUAACCCCGCGUCGCCAGGUCAGGCCGCGCACGCCGCGAGGUCAGGAGGCACGCGAGGCGCAGGCAACGCUGUCGGCGGCGCGUACUUCGGCAAGGUCCGCGGCGGCGCUCACCCCGCGUCUGCUGGCGCCUUGAACGUCCCUCCGCCGCCGCCCCUUCCUCUGGCUUACGAUGUGAACAUGCAUGCGGUGCCGCAGAUGGCGUACCAGCCGAUGCCGCCGCCGAGCCCCGUCGCGGUCACGCCGCCGGAAGCAAGUAAGCUCACGCCUGCUCUGGAGGCGCUCUUCAGCCAAGAAAAUCUGCUUCGCGACCGCUUCCUCGCCACCAACAUCACGCCGGGAGACCUCCUGCUGGACUUGUCAGUCUUGCUCGCCCACCCCACCGUCGCGGCGUGGAACUUCUCCGCCGACGACCUCGAGGCUGCACUGCGCCGGUCGCAGCUGCUGUCACUCACAGAGCGAAGUGUCGAGGUGAGCAAGGCAGAGGAGUCAGCGGCGAAGGCGGAAGAGGACGCCGAGAAAGCCAAGGAGAAGGAGGACGGCGUGGAGAAGAAAGAUGAGGCGAAGGAGACCAAGGGCGAGGACGGGGCGGCCGCGCCGGCAGAGGAGAAAGCUGAAACCAAGCGGACAGUCAAGUUCAUCUCGUUGGCGAACCUCCUCGCCGAGACCCGAAACACACUCGCCCUCCGAGACAUGCCGGAGAGCCUCAGCGAAGACACCCUUCGUAGCCUGGUCGAGGGUGCCCCUAUUUUUGUAAAGGAGGAGGAGGACAAAAAGGAACAUGAGAUGAAAGAUAGCGAGGAAGGCAAAGACUCUGGAGGGAAACAGACGACUUCCGGUCCAAUCCGAAGUAUCCGAAGAGAGGUGAACAACACCUGGUUUGUGACGGUACAAGAUGAAAACACUGCUCAAGAACUCGCGCUCUGGCUCCGGACGCAGCAGAUUGAGGGUAGACCCAUCCGCGUCGGAAUUAAAGCGACGCAUUCGCUGCAGCGCAUCGUGUCCUCCUCUCAGCAGUACCCGUCUGCCCAGGCAGGCGGGGUGGCGUCUGCUGGGUUUGCGUACCGCGGGUCGUACGGCGACCGCGCUGGCGCCGCGCACUACAUGCAUCCGUUGGCAGCCUAUCCUGCGCCGACGCGGGACCCGGCGGGGGCCGCGGGUCCGCACGCGCGGUACCUCCCCCCGUUUGCGGCGCCUUUCGCUGCCGCGGCGACGCCGUACCCGGUCUCUUUGGCGGCCUCUUACGGCCGCCCGCACGCGCUGCCUGCCGCCGCGGGCUCCUAUGCGCCCGCAGGGGGCUCGCGGUCGCCGGCAGUCCGCCCCGCUUUUGUUGCGCCCGGUCAACAGGGAGGGCGUGGAGAGCGGGCGGGAAGCGGGAAGGCAGGCGGCAAAGCAGCGGCGUCCUCCUCCUCCUCCGGUGGUGGUGGAGGCGGUGCGGCAGCGGCUGCGGGCCCCCGCACCGCAGGCGGCCGAUCCCCAGCGCGGCCUGCCAACUUCGCGGGCGGGGCGGCGGCGUACCGGGGACCGGCGCAGUAUCUCCCGCCCGCAGCCUGGAUCCCGUAUGACCUCUCAUGGGGCUCCUACGCGGCCCCCGUGCCGCCCCCCAGCUGGCAAGCGACCGUCGCUCCGGGCAGCUCCCCGGCGGCCGCCGCAGCUUCGCAGUCGCCGGCUGCGGGCGCGUCCUCCUCCACCAAGCAGGGGGCUGGCGAGGCCUCGCCUUCUGGCAACACGGCGUCGUCAGUCACCGGCGAGACGGCGCCCUCCAGUCGGCCGUCUCCGGCGUCGCCUCCUUCCCCCAGCGCCAAGGGCGAAGUGGACGCAGGAAACGCUGGCGAGUCUGAGCAGAAGGGCGACGGCGCCGCCUCGUCCGCGCCGGCAGCUGGUCGAGAGUCUGGUGCGGCAGCGUCCAAAGAGUCGCAGGCGUCGGCCUCGUCCGAUACGAGGGCUUCCACGCCAGCAGGUCAGGGACCGACGUCUGGCUUUGGCGUCCUUCAAAGCGCGGGCGCGCCGCUUGCAGCCGGCGUUCCGACUGCGUGGGCGCCGGCAGCGCCUUACUACUACGACCCAGCUCUGUACUCAUCUUUGAACGGCGGAUUCAUCCCGACAUACCCCACAGCGUAUGGCUGCUGGGCGGCUCCAGGCGGCCCUGUUACCACCACCACCACGCUACCUCCGAGCGCGGGGUCUGAUGGCCUCAACGGCGCCGUCGCUUCAGCAGGGCAAGCUGACGCCGUGUUCGCGCAGAGCGGCGUGGCGGCAGGGAAAGGAAGCGGAGCCGCUGCAGGGCGAGGAAGCCGCGGCGGCGGCGGAGUGAGUGGCGGCGGGGGGCCAGGGACGCCCAGCGCCGCGGCUGGAGGCAAGCAGGCGGCUGCCCGCUGGUGUGCACAGCAGCAGCCGCAGAAGUCGCCGCCGAGUCCCACGAACUCCGGCGGAUGGAAGGUCGUCGGAAGCUCGCGAAGAAAGAAGGGAGGGGCGAAGGACGGAGAGUGGACAGCGUCUGGGGCUGCGGCCAGCGAACAGACCUCUGUCAACGGCCGGGGCGCGGCCUCUGCUGCGACGCCUGCUGGUGCCGCCGCAGCGGCGGGAUCCUCUCGGAAGGCCAGGGGCAUCCUGUCGGUGCUGCAGUCCUCUCCGCCGCUGAGUGGAGAGCCUUUCCUGGAAGGCGGGGACUUCCCUUCCCUCAGCGUCGCCAUGAAUGCGAGACCUGCGAAGCCGUGCGGAUACAAGAAAGCUUUCAGAAACUUCACGGCCUCCGAGGUAGUGGACAUUUGCAACACCUACGAGGCCGCGCACCCCAACGGCGUGGACGUUCCGCACGACAUUCGUGACCUUCGGGACUCGGGCUGUGCGCUGGCGCUGGAGACCCCGCGCCAAGGCGCAGCUUGCUGGGCAGCCUUUGCCGCUCGUCAGCGGCAGAAGGAUCUGCCGUCCCCUGCGCUCAGGCCGAUUGCGUCUGAAGGCGCGGAGGGGAGCGUGAAGGGGGAGGAGGCGCAUGCCAGUGCAGAUGGAAAGUUGGCGCGGGAGCAUUCUGCCAAGUCUCCCAGCAGCGAGAAAGCCCCUGAACCGGCAGCAGCUGAAAAGAACGGAGUGGACAACGCGUCCGGGGCGCUCAGUCAAGGCAAAGAAAAAAAAGAGGCUGACGCUGGGCACUCCCCGAAGAAUGUGAGCACAUCUGCAGACUCUGCGCUGCGUGUCGAUGCUGUCGCGUGA